AUGCGUGUGUCAAUGAUGCACGGUGUUAUACGGAAACAGCAUGGCUUCCAAAAAGAAAGGAAAGGGAGAAGUGACCAUAUCUUUAGAGCAAUACGAAGCACUUCAGACAGAAUUAUCAACAUGCAAGAGGAAAUUAAGAAGUAAAGAAGAAGCCAUUCGUAUACUUCACCGCGAGCUUGAACUCUCUCAAGAAGAAAAGGAGGAGUUCUCGCGACUCAUGAAUCACAUGAAAGAUUAUUACCUGGAAGGACAGUCGCCCAAUGACUCAACUGAUUACGAAUCACUUGAAUUCCCUGAUCAAUCGGUUGAUAGAGUGACACAAUUGGAGGGGCUCAUUAAGCAACUGAGGCAUAAGCACAAAGAGGAAGUACAGUCGCUAAAGGAGAAGUUGUCUCAGGCCAGAGGCGUAUUGAUGCCUUCUCCGGCUUCUCUAGGGACGGAUUUUGCCGAGGAAAAAGCCAGACUAAUCUCGCAACUUGAAGCAGCUCAAAGUCAAAUAAUGUCUCUUGUGAGAGAAGUCCAGUCACUGGAAGAUGAAAAAGAAGAAGCUAUGACAGAAAGAGAUGCUUUUGCUGGGAAAUGCAACACGUUGAACAAAAUGCUGGAGGAAAGGGUCAAUGAUAAAGUACCCUCUCGUAGCACUUUUGAGAAACUCCUGGAUGAGAACAGGCAAUUGAAACUGGAGCUAAUAGAAACACAGGCUGACAGAGACAGUGCAAUUAAUAAGAUUGAUAGAUAUAAGAGAACGGUUGAGAGGAAAAAGAAUAGAGACACACAGAACCAGGCAAUACAAUUCAUGAGCAGUGAGAAGCUGUCAGCUUUGAGACAAUCAGUGAGGAGGGUACAGGAGCUGGAGGUGCUGGCUAAUAGUCUCUCUGAAGAAGUGAAAGAGAAAUCACUCGCUCUGAGUCACUCUAGAAAAACCAACAGACUAUUAGGUACUAGGAUAGCUGAGCUGGAGCACAGAUUGAAAGUACUAGAGAUAUCAGGAUUAUGGUCAACUCCAGACAAUGAAGAAGAUGACAUAGAGAGAGGGAAACAACCAGCCAUAAGCUGGGGGGAGGAGGAGGAGGAGGAGGGAGAGGAGGAGGUGGUUUUGGUUGAGGAAGAUAAGAAUGGAUUAUUAGUGCAAGGGUGUGUGGCCAGUGCUUGCUCUAAAGAUUGAACUAUUGCUCUGCUUAUAUCAUUAACAUUUUCAUUUCUUAUACUCCAUCAUUCAUUCAUUUAUAAGUAUUGACAGUUAAUAAGAAAACAGAUUUGUGACUUUCCUC